CCCAUGUUGGUAAUUUAAUUUGCAUGCCAUGAGUUGUGAGUGUAAAGGGCAUAUAGAUAGAUAGAGAGACCCUGUGCCUAUAUAAUGCUCCAAUUCUUCUCUCUGAUUUCUUCAACUAGCACCCUUGGCUUUUCUUUCAUCCUCUCUCUCGAACUUAUUUAUCUCUCUCUGUUUCUCUGUUUUGCUCUGCUUCUCAAAACAUAACCUUUUAUUAUUAUAGUAUUUUACUAUUAUAAACUAAUUUUGCAUUGCUAAUGCAAUGGCCAUAGAGUGCAUAACAAAUAUACAAUCAAUGUCUCAACCACAAAAGCACCACCAAGAGCACAAAGAAGAUGAAGCACCAUUGGUUUUUGAUGCCUCACUUCUCAGGCACCAACUCAACCUACCAAAACAGUUCAUUUGGCCUGAUGAGGAAAAGCCAUGCAUGAAUGUGCCUGAGCUUGGUGUCCCUCUCAUUGACUUGGGGGGGUUCCUCUCUGGUGACCCUGUUGCAACAAUGGAGGCUGCAAGGAUAGUUGGUGAGGCAUGCCAAAAGCAUGGUUUCUUUCUUGUGGUGAACCAUGGGAUUGAUGCCAACUUAAUCUCUAAUGCUCAUAGCUACAUGGAUGACUUCUUUGAGGUUCCUCUGUCUCAGAAACAGAGGGCUCAGAGGAAAACAGGGGAACACUGUGGUUAUGCUAGUAGCUUCACUGGCAGGUUCUCUUCAAAGCUUCCAUGGAAAGAGACACUUUCUUUUCAGUACUCGGCUGAGGAAAAUUCAUCCACUAUUGUCAAAGACUACUUGUGCAACACAUUGGAGAAAGAGUUUGAGCAAUUUGGGAGGGUUUACCAGGACUAUUGUGAUGCCAUGAGCAAUCUUUCUUUGGGGAUAAUGGAACUUUUGGGAAUGAGUCUUGGAGUUGGUAAAGCAUGUUUUAGAGAGUUCUUUGAAGAGAAUAACUCAAUAAUGAGGCUCAAUUACUACCCUCCUUGUCAAAAGCCUGACCUCACUUUGGGCACUGGACCUCACUGUGACCCAACAUCUUUGACCAUUCUUCACCAAGACCAAGUGGGAGGCCUCCAAGUUUUUGUUGACAAUGAGUGGCAUUCCAUUAGCCCAAAUUUCAAUGCUUUUGUUGUCAACAUAGGUGACACCUUCAUGGCUCUUUCAAAUGGAAGGUACAAGAGUUGCUUGCAUAGGGCAGUGGUGAACAGCAAGACCACAAGAAAAUCUCUUGCUUUCUUUUUGUGUCCAAAAGGUGAUAAGGUGGUUAGUCCACCAAGUGAAUUGGUGGAUGAUUUGACACCAAGGAUAUACCCUGAUUUUACAUGGCCUAUGCUGCUUGAGUUUACUCAGAAACAUUAUAGAGCUGACAUGAAAACCCUUGAGGCAUUCACCAACUGGCUUCUUCAACGGAAAAUGAGCUGAAAUGAAAUUUUCAAGCACAUAUGAAUGGCAUAUUAUCUAUUAGCCUUUGAUAGUCUCCUAUGAAUGAAUAGUGACAAGUGUCAAGUGGAAGAAGUGUAAUUGAUGGCGGAGAAAAGGGCAGCAGCAAAAAGGCACUGAGUUGGAAAAAUUGAAAGAAAAUUCAUGUUUUCUUCAUGAAUUGAGUGUUGCACGAGUAGUGAUUGGAGUAGUAUUGAACAAAACAAGGGAAAUGAGAUAAAAAUAUUUAUAAGGCGUCAAUGAGAAAUAAUCGCCAGCUAAUUUUUGUAAUUUUUCUUUGGUGAUAUAGAAAAGUUAUUAUUAAACUUUCAA